ACCACCGGGUCGAUCUUUGGUAGAAGCCGCGCUGUGCGUGUUGUCGCGCAGCUGCAGCUCUCCCCGGACGGGGAAUAGGAACGCCUGAGAGGGGUGUUCCUGGGCUUGGCGGCGCCGCCUUGGAGUGAUGGAGUCGGCCACGGGGCUAGCAGCAAGACGUGGAGCAGAUGGAAGCAACAUCCGAGGUAAGACAUUCGAUCUCUCUCUGGAAUAGCUGCUAUGCACAGAGGACUCGGAGGAGUGAGGGGCCGAAUCCACAGCCAGCCCGGGACAAGCCCAAGACAGGUCCAAGACGGGCUCUCUCAGCUCCAGCCGUGUCUGUGCCGUCAACCUCGUGCAUCGUCACGACGGCAGCCACCUGCAUCGUCCAGCUGUCCUCAUUCCCGGCGCGCAGGCAACAAGGACAGACCCAACGCGCAGUAUUUCGUGGUGGGUGGGAUCUGCCACGCCCUCCACCUUGCCCCAUGGCAGCCCAUCCAUCCCGUGGCGACGUGCCAUGGCAUCCGAUGGCAUCCCAUGCUCCGACAGCACAUUGCGGCAUGCCGUCUGGAUGUACGUCUGGCUGCACGGUGCAGGCCCCCGACCUGCCGACAGGGGUGCGUUGUGGCCUUUGGGAGCCGCUGAUGCCAACUGAAUCUGAGCAAUUCGGUCGUCUUAUUAGUGCCCUCGACUGUGCCCCGCAGCCCACGCAUGCAUGCUGCCCAUAUGCCCAUGGCUGCUGCAAGAGCCUGCAUCCGCUGCUCGCUGCCGCCGUCAUGGCCCUGGCUCGACCGACUAGUUACCCUACGUAGUUGGUUGUUCCUCAGAGCUAGUCGCACUGGGUCUGUGACGAUGCUUCCCUCUGGCCUCUGGGGUGGGCUUGCUGCUGUGGUUAAUAACGAGGGUUGCCCUUAUCGUACAACGCGGCGCCAGCAAGCCAGCGAGCCAGCCCGCCCUCGCGCUCUAAUACAUCGUCGUCUGCUCUCAUUCAUCUGCCCAUCACUGCCCAUCAUUGCCCCUCCUGCUUCUCCUUCUCCUUCUCUUCCCUCCCACACAACCAACCCGUCGACAAA